AGCAGACACACCAGCACUCUCGUCUAGCUUAAGUAGAAUCGUGUGAAAAGAGAUACACAGGCCACUAACAAAAACUCUUCUCGUUUGUUUUCCUGCCUCAGUCGUAGCGGCAGAUGUCCCACAAGGAUCACGACAGGGUGCACAUCUCCACCUGCUUCCUCGAUAUAACUUCUGGUGUAUUUCUCCCUUGCCAGGUUUCGUGAAGUACAGAACAACUGUAGAGAGUUUGACGAUGUCAAAAACGCUGGACACGAAAGCCUCAAUUCCGUACGUAUGUGUUUGCCUGACGGCUGUUUCAAGAGUUCGAAGUGGCUUGCGCAGGCGAUGGCGUUUUGUAUAGAUAAAACGUUUACAAAUGCUUGUUUGAAAAAAACGAGGAACGAACCACGUUCUAGAUUGCGUCCUGUGACAGCAGCAGUACGGCUCGUGAUGAUUACCAUGGUAUCCAUUCAGAGAGCGACAGCCGCUGACAGACUUCCACGGCGAGGCGCCAUCUCCAUGAUUCCGAAACGCUGCAUGCAGCUGGCUUGCGCGAGCUGCGCGAAGCGCUUCACGAGUUUCAGUCGAAAGGGCAAAAAUCCCCUGGCUUUUUAUGGGGACCAAUUACACGCGGUAGCUCUGCUACCUGCCACGAUCCGCCGCGGGCGUGCAAGAUGGCGGAUUCUGCCUCCCGCAACGCGAACCAAAUCCAUCUACUCGGUGGAACUCACGAAAAGAUUUCGCUUAUCAGGCGAAGUCACCAAAGUGUCCGCGUGA